AUGGAUAACAUGUACAGACUGGAGAAGAUCCUUGAUCGAUAUGGAAAAAAACAUGCUGAUGAUCUCAAUACCCUGGAUCUUCAGUCAAAAUCUCUGAACUAUAGUUCACACCAUGAGCUACUAGAACUUGUGGAAAGCAAGCUUGUGGAAUCAAUUGUCGAUGUAAGCGUGGAUUCCCUCGUUGAGCUAGAAGAUCACCUUGAGACUGCCCUCUCUGUAACUAGAGCUCAGAAGGCAGAACUAAUGUUAAAGCUUGUUGAAAGUCUCAAAGAAAAGGAGAAUCUGCUGAAAGAAGAGAACCAGGUUUUGGCUAGUCAGAUUGAGAAGAAAAAACUUGAGGGAGCCGAAGCUGAUAAUAUAGAGAUGUCAUCUGGACAAAUAUCCAACAUCAAACUUCCUGUAACUCUCCCGCUGCUUAAUUAACCACCUUUACUCGGCGGUUAAUCAAAAAAAGAAACAUAAUCUAAAGAUAACCGAUGUAGGUUUUACUUUCCGCUGCUUAAUUAACCACCUUUACUCGGCGGUUAAUCGAAAUUCAAAACAUAUAAUUAAAAAAUAACCUAUGUCAGCUUAACUCCCUGAUAAAGAUGCACGUUGUACAUCUUAAUUCUCUCUCUGGCUGAGAGGUUGUGUAAUAACUAUGCUUAGAUUAAAUAAAAAAAGAUAUCUAUUUAAGACAAAAGUUAUGGAUCUUUGUACCUUCGUCGAGAGAGAAGAUUGUAGCGAGUUAGUGUUUGUGUCCUUCGCUACUGGUAAGACUUUGUAUUUGCUUCAUGGUGAGGAUGUUUACUGCCCAAUUUGCAACAGAAACGUGGACCUCUCUGUAUUUAUUGUCUUCGAAGUUAAUAUGCAUUUAUCUAGUGUAACUAGCGCUGUCAAUUGGGCGGCAUACACCCAAAUGGGUGUGUCCAGUUAGGCCAUAUAACACUCAUACCCAAGAAUAUCCAUGCCCAUAUAACACUCAUACCCAAUAGCACUCAUACCCAAGUUAGCCUAUGCCCACUGGAAAUAACCCAAGACCCACCCAUUAUUGUUUUUUUUUUGCAAAUAGUUCAAUUUUGUUCAUAAUCAAUUUUUGUAAAAUAAAUUUAUAAACUUAUAUACUUAUAGCAAAUAAAAGUUAUAGAAUUUCUUUAAAUCCAGCAAUAAAAAUUCAAAUAUGACUGAAAUUGAAAUAGUCUCAAAGACAUUUGUUUUUAUUGAUUCUUUCACAGAAAUAUUGUAUGAUCUGUUGGCGACAUGCCAAUAACAAGGAUCACAAAAUCAAUUGUGAUAGCAAUCUUCAACCUGCUUGUCUACUUGUGUCUUCAGCUUGCAAGAAGGAAAAAAAAAGUCUUAACACCAAUUCUUUCAAAAACAGAGCUUUUGUAAUAGUCUCUAGACUCUGAACAGCAACGUACAUGAUCAAACAAUAUGCAAAGUUCGAAGCUAAGGCUAACUCUUUGUUGGUUAGUGGUUACUCUUCAACACUAAUCAAUAAGCAAAGUACAAGAUCAAACAAUAAUGAGCAGUAAACUAUCAUCCAUUAACGUCACACUACCGACUCCUGCCAGCACAAUGUUCUUGCAAAACUACCCAACAAUAUAUCAAAACUACACAGUAUUACUGUCAGUAAGCUUCAGCAAGGUGAAUGAACGAAAUGAAUAUCAAGUCAACUUCUACUAGAACUUCAAGUAAAUACGAGUUUUACUUGAAUGAGUAAGGUGUAGAAUCAUACCUCAAUUCAAGUCUAUAGACUCUCCACUCUCUUCUUCUUUCUCCUUCUCUUUAUCCUCUUCUUCUUUCUCCUCUUAUGUCUUCUCAACAGACUCAUCACCUACCCAAAAAUAAUAAUUUCAUGAAGAUUCUGAAGCAAUUUAUUAUAUGAAUAGAUUAUAACCAACACUUACCAAUUUCAGGAAAUCUAAUUGCCACCAAAACAAAGUGAUAGAGAUGAAUCGAUUCCCGAAUCAAGAAACAUGUGAGAAGUUCACUAAAAACAUGUCAGGCACACACACAGAGUUGACUUUGAGAUAAACAAAAACAAGAACUCUCCUGAAGACUUAAUGUCAUUGAAACUAACUAAAAGGAUACCUCACCAGCUAAAGAGUCAACCUUUAAGCUUAAAAUGAAUUUUUCCGAUGACAAAGAAAGUAACAAUAAGA